GGGAGACCGCGUGGAGCGCAAGACAGUUCCCAGGGCAUCGCGGCGUCCCUGGCAGCGCUUGGCUGCUACCGGGCUGAGAGCCGGAGAACAACGCUUCGGGGCGCCUGUGCGUGCGCGCGUGCGGGACCUUGGCGGGCCUCAGACCUCAAGGGUCUUGUCCGUGGGCGGUUCCUGAUCCCCCAUAUAGUGCCCGCUAACUUUGAAAAGGAGGACUUAUGUCCUGCAAAGGUUGAGACAUAAGCGGUAGGGAAGGAAAAGAGGAGAGAAAACGCGACUGAGGCCGAAGGAGAAGGAACUAAUGUGGACCUCCUGAGCAGCUGCGAGGAGGACUGGACCGCGGAGAACCGGGCGCGACCGCGGAGGUGCGGGGCAAGGAGCAACGGAAGCGGUGCGGGCCGUGGCGCUGGGGCUUCUUGCACCUCGGGUCACGCCUCCUUGGCAAGAAGGCGCCUCGCCUUUGAUUGCUUCCAGUUACUGCAGAACUUCCUGCCCUGGCGGAGAAGCAGGUCUUGCUUGGGUCGCGCUCCCUGCCGGUCUGAGGCGUGAGACUGAGUUCACACGGUGCUGGGCCCCCAAAGCCAAGUGGGGUUGGGGGAAACAGAGUCUGCGAGUCCCAGCGCCCCGCGCGUAGGGCCCCGUGUUGGGGUCCUCCCUCCCUCUGUACCCGCACCCUUGCGGGCUUUGCCCCUCCCUGGGGACCCCUCGCCAGGCGAUGGCCGCGUUGAUGCGGGGCAAGGACUCCUCCCGCUGCCUGCUCCUACUGGCCGCGGUGCUGAUGGUGGAGAGCUCCCAGUUCGGCAGCUCGCGGGCCAAACUCAACUCCAUCAAGUCCUCUCUGGGCGGGGAGACGCCAGCCCAGGCCGCCAAUCGAUCUGCGGGCACAUACCAAGGACUGGCUUUCGGCGGCAGUAAGAAGGGCAAAAACCUGGGGCAGGCCUACCCUUGUAGCAGUGAUAAGGAAUGUGAAGUUGGGAGAUACUGCCACAGUCCCCACCAAGGAUCUUCGGCCUGCAUGGUGUGUCGAAGGAAAAAGAAGCGCUGCCAUAGAGAUGGCAUGUGUUGUCCUGGCACCCGCUGCAAUAAUGGCAUCUGUAUCCCCGUCACUGAGAGCAUCUUAACUGCUCACAUCCCAGCUCUGGACGGCACUCGGCACAGAGAUGGAAACCACGGUCACUACUCAAACCAUGACUUGGGAUGGCAGAAUCUAGGAAGAACACACACUAAGAUGUCACAUAUAAAAGGGCAUGAAGGAGACCCCUGUCUACGAUCAUCAGACUGCACUGAAGGGUUUUGCUGUGCUCGUCACUUCUGGACCAAAAUCUGCAAACCAGUGCUCCAUCAGGGAGAAGUCUGUACCAAGCAACGCAAGAAGGGCUCUCACGGGCUGGAAAUCUUCCAGCGGUGUGACUGCGCAAAAGGCCUGUCUUGUAAAGUAUGGAAAGAUGCCACCUACUCCUCCAAAGCCAGGCUCCACGUGUGCCAGAAAAUAUGACCACCUCUGAGGGAAGAAAAGCAUCACUAGCAGACUGUGAAUCUGUGUAUUUAAUACAGUAUAGCAUGGGGGAAAACAGGAUUUGGAUUUCAGAAGGGCUAAAAUGAGGAAUGUCAUAAGAAUAUAGAUCACAGAAAGAGAAAGAAGAUGGAGCAGAUUAGAAAGGGUGACGAGUGUGGUACAAUCAGUGUGUUUCCACCAUGCACCUUGUUUAUGUAAAUAAUGUAUACAUUUGUGAAAAUGCUAUGACUCAAAAAAAAAGAAAAACAGUGAAAUUACUAAUGAAUACCAUGUGACUUUCCGGCAGUUUAGGUUGUGCCAGAGGAUCAGUUUCCUUCACGUUGGUGAUUGAUUGCCUAUAAAAAUAACCUAAAAGCCAUAUUUCUCUUUAAAGUUAUACUUCUUUAACAACAAAAUACUCCCCAUAUAUCCUGGCAUACAAUAGACUCUAAAACAUGAAAAGAGGAGUUGUUAAAUAAAUAGGAAACGAAAGUGUGGAGCAGAGUUAAUUUGCAACACACAGAAUCACCUUUUAAUUUGGAACACUACUUCUUACCACUCAAUUAAAGACCUUCGUAGAUGAUGGUAAGAAAAAAAGCAGUCGAUAUUUUCCAAAUAAUAUCAAAAUAAUCACAGGUCUUUUGUCUAGUCCUUCAG